GCGGAGAGCCGAGCCGCUGCAGCUGCGGCGGCUGCAGCAAAGGCUUGAGCGGUGGGGAGGUGGGUCCCCGCGCCCCGGCCGGGGCAGCCUCAGGGUUCUCUUUGGCCUGCGGCGCGAUUCCUAGGGGGGAAGUGGCGGCCGUGACGGCGGGAAGGGCGACCUUGGCCCGACCGAGCCCGCGGUGGACAUAGGGAGGAGGCCGAGCCCCGCCAGGAGUCUGUGCCGAGCCAGAGGGAGGCGCAUCUGGCGCUUCGGUACCAGCGGCAGCCGGGGGUCCGGAGCGGCUGGAGAAGCGCGGAGGGCGCUGAGAAGAGCUCACCGGCCCGGAGGGCGGACCCCAGCGCCGGGGAGCCGUAGGGGCUCAGGCUCGGCGGGGGGCGCACCCCGCGGCUUUUCGAGCAUCUCGUUUCGCACGAGCCAGUUGGCGACCCCAGGUAUCCCAGACGCUCUAGCACCCGGGCGCGUAUAACUGGAGGUGCGGGGCUAAACCCUCCGCUCCCAGGUCACCUCCGCAGACCUAGCCUUGCAGAACCCGGGGCUUCGGGGCUCAAAAACCCAGCCGCCAGGCCAGACCGCGAGCUCGGAGGAGCGCGAGCCCCACCCUAAAAGAGGGCGCAGCCGAGCGCGGGGAAGCGCUGCUGCGCUCCAGAGGCUGGGUCGUGGGCGCCGUCCUGGUGGCGGCGAGCGCACCGCGGGCGGGGGGGACAUGAGAUCGGAGAAAUCCCUGAAGCUGGUGGCGCCGGGGGAGGCCCGCGGGCCGGACGGGGAGCAACAGGAUGCGGGAGACUUCCCGGAGGCCGGCGGGGGCGGCGGCUGCUGUAGUAGCGAGCGGCUGGUGAUCAAUAUCUCCGGGCUGCGCUUCGAGACACAAUUGCGCACCCUGUCGUUGUUUCCCGACACGCUGCUGGGGGACCCCGGUCGCCGCGUCCGCUUCUUCGACCCCCUGAGGAACGAGUACUUCUUCGACCGCAACCGGCCCAGCUUCGACGCCAUCCUCUACUACUACCAGUCCGGGGGCCGCCUGCGCAGGCCGGUCAACGUGCCCCUGGACAUAUUCCUGGAGGAGAUCCGCUUCUACCAGCUGGGGGACGAGGCCCUGGCGGCCUUCCGGGAGGACGAGGGCUGCCUGCCCGAAGGUGGCGAGGAUGAGAAGCCGCUGCCCUCGCAGCCCUUUCAGCGUCAGGUCUGGCUGCUCUUUGAGUACCCUGAGAGCUCAGGGCCCGCCAGGGGCAUCGCCAUCGUCUCCGUGUUGGUAAUCCUCAUCUCCAUCGUCAUCUUUUGCCUGGAGACCCUGCCGCAGUUCCGUGCAGAUGGGCGAGGUGGGAGCAAUGGUGGAGGUGUGAGCAGAGUCUCCCCAGUUUCCAGGGGUAGUCAGGAGGAAGAGGAGGAUGAAGACGAUCCCUAUACCUUUCAUCCGGGCAUCACCCCUGGGGGCACGGGGGCAAGGGGCUCGUCCUCGCUAAGUAUUCUUGGGGGCACCUUCUUCACCGACCCCUUCUUUCUAGUGGAGACCCUGUGCAUUGUCUGGUUCACCUUCGAGCUGCUUGUGCGCUUCUCCGCCUGCCCCAGCAAGCCCGCCUUCUUCCGGAACAUCAUGAACAUCAUCGACCUGGUGGCCAUCUUCCCCUACUUCAUCACCCUGGGCACCGAGCUGGUGCAGCAGCAGGAGCAGCCAUUGGCCAGUGGGGGGGCCGGCCAGAAUGGGCAGCAGGCCAUGUCCCUGGCCAUCCUCAGAGUGAUCCGCCUGGUCCGCGUGUUCCGCAUCUUCAAGCUCUCCCGCCACUCCAAGGGGCUGCAGAUCCUGGGCAAGACCUUGCAGGCGUCCAUGCGGGAGCUGGGCCUGCUAAUCUUCUUCCUCUUCAUCGGAGUCAUCCUCUUCUCCAGCGCCGUCUACUUCGCUGAGGCCGACGACGACGAUUCUCUCUUCCCCAGCAUCCCGGAUGCCUUCUGGUGGGCAGUGGUUACCAUGACCACUGUCGGUUACGGGGACAUGUACCCCAUGACAGUGGGGGGCAAGAUCGUGGGCUCGCUGUGUGCUAUCGCGGGGGUCCUCACCAUUGCCCUGCCCGUGCCUGUCAUUGUCUCCAACUUCAACUACUUCUACCACCGGGAGACGGAGCAGGAGGAGCAGGGCCAGUAUACCCACGUCACUUGUGGGCAGCCUGCACCAGACCUGAAGGCAGCUGACAGUGGACUUGGCAAGCCUGACUUCUCUGAGGUCACCCGGGAACGGAGACCCAGCUACCUUCCCACUCCACACCGGGUAUAUGCGGAGAAGAGGAUGCUCACUGAGGUUUGACUGGUGCGGCCAGGCCUGCACAAGAGAGAUGACACCUUCUCACUCUACAACUCUCACCCGGGCUCCACUUGACUUCCCGACUCCUUCCCCAACACCAGUACAUGGCAGCCAGGAUCAAAUGCCUGGACUGUCAGCCUUGUUGCUAAUCCCUGCGGCAUUCAAGGUUUAUCCAUCAAAAUGACAUUUAAAAAAUUCUAACGGUGCCACCCAUUCAUGCUCAUCUUCUGUCACCUGGAUGAGAUGUCCAUCUGAUCCUUCCUCAAGACUCUGAUUUUUCAUGUCUGGUACUUGUAGUAUCUCUAAGCACAGAUGUUCACAGGAUGGAACCCAGGCAGACCAGGGCUCUGUUUCUCUUCUUAGUGUCCUUUGCUUUGGCCCAUGCACCUGUCUUAGCUUCCGGCCACAUGGGAACCUGCAGAAGCUGGAGGACAGGAACAGUACUCAUGUUGCUGUUUUAUUCCCUGUAGCACUUGCUGAUCAUCUUGCAGAGGACCCUUUGCAGAGCCUUUAGUGUUAUUCAUAUUUCAUCUUGGAUGUAAUCAGAGAAACUACAAUUAAACUUGGCCAUUUGGAGGGUGUUAAGAGUCAGUCCUGGACCAAACAGGCCAAUGGAUUCUUCCAGGUGUGCUGUAGCACAGUAGACAUCAGUCUUUGGCCUACAUUUAAUCCUCCCUACUCUGAUCCCCUGACUCUCUCUCACUUCCAGGAAGGUUCCUUCUCAAAGCCAAAUACUCUUUUUGUGCAAGUGCCUUCCUGUGCACAGGAACUGGAAAAAGAGCCAGGAGAAAUGGCUGAACCAGGUCAAACAACUGGCUUGACCGCACAUCUGAAGAGUACCAUUGAAACAGACAUUGCCAUCCUGGAGGGGCAGAGGAACCUUGUGGCAGACAGCAAAUUUCUCCCUUUUGCUACCCCCCCACCCCCUAGACUUCCACCCUUCCUCCUGAGAAUUUGACUAAGGAUCACAGGGGGUGCUUUCUAAAGCCACCUGCAGCUUAAACCUGCAGAUAGGUAAAAGCACACGUUGUAGGCUAAGAUGGGCUUCUUCCCCUUUCAUGGUCAAUUGCAUAAGUUUAGAGGAGGGGAGAAGCAUAGAUCCUUUGCUGACAGCCUUCCAGUUAGAGGUGUUCUUGCUGAGUCAAGCAAAUGUUCUCUGGCUCUGUCCCUCAGAGCUGCGCCAGUCUGUUCUAACUGGUAAGGUAGCCAGGUGGCCUUCCCACUUGGACUAAGCCAUCUUCCAUUGUGAACCUGCCCCCUUUCCUGCUCUACUCCCACCCCAUUUCUUUCCUGGUAACAUUGUCAUUCAUUUGUUGCCUUGAUAAACUGUGAUGCACUGUUCUGAGCUCUUCUGGGUGCAGUUCAGAAACCGAAAGGACUGUUAACAUGUUUUUAAUUUUGUAUCUAUGCUUUAAGUGUCUUUGAUGAGAAUUAAAAACAAUUUUUUUUCUCAAAGAGCAACCUAGGAGGGAUGACCUUUUGAAGGUUUUCUUGAGAGACACUGUGGCUCCUGUGGAUGCCAGAUCUGUCUGGAUUUUACCACAGCUUUACAGGGUAACUUUGGCACCACAGGUCCUUUCUGUGCCUCAGUUUUCCCACCCAUUAAAUGGGAACACUAAUGUCUUCCCCUCCUUACCUCAUGGGGAGUGUUGAGAGACUCAUCCAGAAAACUAGGGGUGAUGCUAUGCAAACAUGUGAAUCACAGUAAAGGACUUGUUUUUUAGUUUAUUACCAUUUCCCCAUCUUCCAGAGACAAGGCCUCCCCCCAGGGUUCCUUCUUUGGAUCCAAAGCCCCAGAAUAAGUCAUUCUGGGACAUUAGCUCCUUAAAUGCCGCCUUAGCCCCUUGGACUGAGCCUCAGUCUUUCCUACCCAUCAGCAAGGAGGAUUCUUUAAGUGGGCUCAGUGAGGUCCUCCCAGGGCCAGCGGCCACCUUGAUUAGGAGCUUGGCUUCUCCAAACCUGAAAUGCAGGAGGAGAUAGAGGAGCUCUUGAUUCAAAACCUGAUUCAAAGCUCUUGAUUCUGAGGCCUUAGCAUGCUGGUUCUCCAAAUCUUUUCAGUUACUCCUGGCUCUUUGGGGACAGAGAAGGGCCCACUCCCCAGGCAAACGGGAUGCUCCCAGCGGAGGGUGAAUGUUGGAACAUGUAUGUGUGUAUCUCUACGGUGUGUAUGUGACCAUCCUCACGAGCGUCCCUAAUAUGACAUUUCCUUGUAGAGUCAGAGCAUGCCCAACAGGAAAGGGUUUGCGGGGAGUGGGGCUCUCCAGGGACUAUGGUUGCCAUAGCAACCUUCCAGACUGUUCUCUCUAUCUUCUGAUUUGGGCAGCAAGGGAGAACAGGAGACUACUUAUUCCCAGCUUCUGAAAUGGGAACACCUCCCACAUACUGGUUUAGGGGCUCAUAGCGCCAGGACAGGGAAGGGUGUUCUCCUUUGGAAAAGCCGGAGGGAAGCAGGUCCCUGAAACUCCCUCCUGGACCUUUCUUCCUGGUUUCCCCACCCUCAUUUACUGAAGCUGCCUCAUCUCACCUCUGAUUCCUCAGAAACUUGAAUGCAAAGCAACUGCCAGUUAAACCAAUGUCAAUAUUAUCUUUUUCAAAAUGACAAAAUGACAUGCUCCUCCAGAGGCAGUCAGUCUGGGCCUUGCCGAAGGUGGUGAUGGUUUGAGUCCGUCCUAGUAUCAUGGACUCUCAUCUCCUCAGAGGGAGGCUCCUCUAAGCUCUGAGGAAGACAGAGAAAUGGUGCCCCUUUGUCCCAAGAAACAGUCAAGUUCUGCUCCUAGGAUCUCAUAGGUGGCUCUUCCUGAGACGUCAAAGAAAAACAGAUGCUGUGGCCUGACCUAGUUUCUGUGAAAGAUUUUGCCAAGUGACCCCUCUCUGACUCUGAGCCUCUUUAUGUGGGUUUUGUGCUGUGAGCAUCCGGAGAAUACAUACUCUGUGCUGCCAAGAGAGCUGGGCUGGCGAUUUCACAGCUGCCAGCAAAGAUGGGGCUCAGGCCCUCGCCACACCUGACCCAUGCCAGCCGGAGCCCCCUCAGGUCUCCUGGAUCUGUCAGGCUGGCUGAGACAUGGAGAGCCCUCCUGUCUGGCCGUGACCAAGGAGAGAGCAAGGGACAGCUGGCCCGCUUGCAUCUGAGGGAAAAGGCUGGCACAGUGGUCCAAGCAAGGAGACCUACACAUACAUUUCUGAUAGCGGCUGGACAGAGAGGGUCCAGACCCUCAACUUCUCAGGAGGACGACACCCC